UGGUCCAAAACCAUUCCUGGCAAGGUCGAAUUCUUCUCCAGCGAGGGUUCGGACACCUCAAUCCCCAUCCCCAUCGUGCCGCUCCCAGGUGUGGACGACUCCUACCCACCCCAGAAGAAAUCCUUCAUGAUGCUCAAAUACAUGCACGACCACUACUUGGACAAAUACGAAUGGUUCAUGAGGGCCGACGACGACGUUUACAUCAAAGGGGACAAACUGGAGAACUUCCUGAGGAGCCUGAACAGCAGCGAGCCGCUGUUCCUGGGGCAGACGGGCCUGGGCACCACGGAGGAGAUGGGGAAGCUGGCGCUGGAGCCGGGCGAGAACUUCUGCAUGGGCGGGCCGGGGGUGAUCAUGAGCCGGGAGGUGCUGCGCAGGAUGGUGCCGCACAUCGGCGAGUGCCUGCGGGAGAUGUACACCACGCACGAGGACGUGGAGGUGGGGCGCUGCGUGCGCCGCUUCGCGGGCGUGCAGUGCGUCUGGUCCUACGAGAUGCAGCAGCUGUUCUACGAGAAUUACGAGAAGAACAAAAAAGGCUACAUCCGCGACCUGAGGAACAGCAAAAUCCACCGAGCCAUAACGCUGCACCCCAACAAGAACCCCCCGUACCAGUACAGGCUGCACAGCUACAUGCUGAGCCGCAAGAUCGCCGAGCUGCGGCACCGCACCGUGCAGCUGCACCGCGAGAUCGUGCUCAUGGGCAAGUACAGCAACACCGAAAUCCACAAGGAGGACCUGCAGCUGGGCAUGCCGCCCUCCUUCAUGCGCUUCCAGCCCCGCCACCGGGACGAGAUCCUGGAGUGGGAGUUCCUCACGGGCAAGUAUUUGUACUCGGGCGCCGACGGGCAGCCGCCGCGCAGAGGGAUGGACUCGUCGCAGCGCGAGGCGUUGGACGACAUCGUGAUGCAGGUCAUGGAAAUGAUCAACGCCAACGCCAAGACGCGGGGGAGGAUCAUUGAUUUCAAGGAAAUACAGUACGGGUACCGCAGGGUGAACCCCAUGUACGGAGCAGAGUACGUGCUGGACCUGCUGCUCCUCUACAAGAAGCACAAGGGGAAGAAGAUGACGGUCCCCGUGAGGAGGCACGCGUACCUGCAGCAGACCUUCAGCAAGAUCCAGUUCAUGGAGCACGAAGAGAUGGACGCCAAAGAGCUGGCCAGCAAAAUCAACCAGGACUCUGGCUCCUUGUCCUUCCUCUCCAACUCGCUGAAGAUGUUUGUCCCCUUCCAGCUCAGCAGGUCCAAAGCAGAGAGGAAGGAGCUCAAAGACAAGAAGAUCAACAUCCUGAUCCCUCUCUCCGGACGGUUCGACAUGUUUGCAAGGUUCAUGGGGAAUUUUGAAAAGACGUGCCUCAUUCCAAACCAGAACGUCAAGCUGGUUGUCCUGCUUUUCAAUUCCAACUCCAACCCUGACAAAGCCAAGCAGAUCGAGCUGAUGAGAGAUUACCACUCCAAAUACCCCAAGGCUGACAUGCAGGUUCUGCCAGUGUCGGGGGAGUUCUCAAGGGCGCUGGCUCUGGAAGUCGGAUCUUCUCAGUUCCAGAACGAGUCUUUACUUUUCUUCUGUGAUGUUGACUUAGUGUUUACCACAGAAUUCCUCCAGCGGUGUAGAGCCAAUACAGUUCUGGGCCAGCAAGUGUAUUUUCCCAUCAUUUUUAGCCAGUAUGAUCCAAAGAUUGUUUAUAGUGGAAAGAUUCCUAGUGACAAUCAUUUUGCCUUCACUCAGAAAACAGGUUUCUGGAGGAACUAUGGCUUUGGUAUCACCUGCAUUUACAAAGGUGACCUUCUUCGAGCGGGUGGCUUUGAUGUCUCCAUCCAAGGCUGGGGCCUUGAAGACGUAGAUCUAUUUAACAAAGUCAUUCAAGCUGGCUUAAAAACUUUCAGAAGCCAAGAAAUUGGAGUAGUUCAUGUGCACCACCCUGUUUUUUGUGACCCUAAUCUUGAUCCAAAACAAUAUAAAAUGUGCUUGGGGUCCAAAGCUUCAACUUAUGGGUCCACACAACAGCUGGCUGAAAUAUGGUUUGAAAAAAAUGACCCAAAUUUUGGGAAAAGCAGCAAUACUAAUGGCUCAGUGAGGACAGCCUAAUGUCCAGCUAUGCUGGAAAAGACUUUUUUUUUAAUUAUCUAAUUUAUUUUUGGGAAAAUGUUUUUUGAUAAUUCACUUUUAAAAGACCACACAGGAUAUAUUUUAGAAAUCAUCGUUGUUUUCUUACAAAGCGCUCGUUUUGAGAAGAACAAGGCCCUUGGGUUUUUUUGUUGUUGUGUUUUUGGUUUUGAACAAAACUGUGAUCAAUAUUUGCCU